UAGUCAAGGAAAAUAAUAAUUCUGAUUGGGAUCUUGAUACUGAGAUUAAUAAGGGAAAAGAAAGUAUGAAUACAGAAAAUACAAAAACAGACCUUACUUUAUCUAAAGAGAUAGAAACUAAAGCCAAAACUACGAAAAAAGAAGGCCUUGAAUUAAUAAAUAAACCUAAGCCAAAAGUUAGUAAUAAUUCAGACUUACUAGAAACAGAAUUAACUAUUCAGAUUCCAAUGAAGGAGAAUACUGAAGAACCACUGAUACCUAAAAAAGGAGUGAAAUCUAUUGAUGUACCAGUAUUCUAG